GCCCCGUUUCUUCGUCCCCACUCCCCCGCCCCCGUCGGCCCCGCCCAGGGUUUUUUCCUCACCUUACGGCAGAGCGGGGGCUUCAGCCUCGGAAUCAGUCUCCCUCUGCUGGCGAGAAAUGUCGCAAGGUUGGGGUAGAAAAUUCUGGGUUUGCGACCGUAGCUCUCGCUUUCCGGCCUGUACUGAGGUGUCUGAAGGCUGGUUGGGGCGGUGAGGUCCAAGGCAGUCAGGUGCCAUAUUCAGCUGAAAAUAUUGUCUUCUGCUUCUCCUUCAGCGUCUGGAAUUUCUGAGCAGCCUGGACAGUACAAAUGGACCCUGUAGUCUUGAGUUACAUGGACAGUCUGCUGCGGCAAUCAGAUGUCUCAUUAUUGGAUCCUCCAAGCUGGCUCAAUGACCAUAUUAUUGGGUUUGCCUUUGAGUACUUUGCCAAUAGUCAGUUUCAUGAUUGUUCUGACUAUGUCUGCUUCAUCAGCCCUGAAGUCACCCAGUUUAUCAAGUGCACAAACAAUCCAGCAGAGAUCGCCAUGUUCCUCGAACCCCUGGGCCUCCCCCACAAGAAAGUUGUAUUUUUAGCCAUCAAUGAUAAUUCCAACCAGGCAGCUGGAGGAACCCAUUGGAGUUUGUUGGUUUAUCUCCAAGAUAAAAAUAGCUUUUUUCAUUAUGAUUCCCAUAGCAAGAGCAACUCAGUCCAUGCAAAGCAGGUAGCAGAGAAACUGGAAGCUUUCUUAGGCAGAAAAGGAAAUAAACUGAUCUUUGUGGAAGAAAAAGCCCCUGCUCAACAAAACAGCUAUGACUGUGGGAUGUAUGUGAUAUGUAAUACUGAGGCCUUGUGUAAGAACUUCUUCAGGCAACAGCCAGAAUCAUUGUUGCAGCUCCUUACUCCUACAUACAUCACAAAGAAGAGGAAAGAAUGGAAAGAUCUCAUUGUCAGUCUCGCUAAAAAUUAGCUUUGAAAUAUAUUUGUGACUUCUGAAGUCUCCUCUUUCUGCCCAUUCCCAUUCAUUGGAUGGCUGCAAUCUCAGUGCCUGAGGGAAGAUGCCUGGUAGGAGGGAAGCUUGAAAGAAUGUCACUUUCUGCAUUAUCCUGAUGGAAAGUUUCACUUUAACCCUAACUUGAGAGCCGUGUGUUCUGUGAAAAUGUCUUGAUGUUAUAUACAAAAACCUAAAAGCAGACUAUCUGAACAUUUGUUAGUUCCCUUUUGGCUUCCUUUAUCCAUAUCAGCUAUUCCAAAAGAAAAGCAGUGACCUGUAAAACAAAUCAAGAACAUGUGUGAUCUAGAUAAAUACAAGAAGAAAAAUAAAGAAAAACCAAAAACUUUUUGUACAGCCCACAUAUUUAAAGAGAUCAAUGGGCUAGAAGCAGACCAAGACCUAGCCUACUUCAACAUCUAGAUAUAGUGACAAUAAGUUGCUCAGUUCUGUGAUAUCUCUUCCAUUCACCUUGCAAAGUCAUUCCUGGCUAUCAGCUUGACCUUUGCAAAUAUUUGAUAAAGAUGGUGUUAGCCCACCUUUCCCUGUCUGAUUCCUAGAAUACUUUAAGAAAGGAGGAUCCUGAGUAACUUCAUUAAAGUGAACUACUUCAGUGAGUGGGCCAACUUGCUGCUCUGGACUGACAACAGCUUUUCUUUGCCUUGUCUAUUAGCCAUACAUACACUGUCCUUGUAUCCAAAGUUCUGUGGUUUUAAAACUCACAGCUGAUGACUUCCCAAGGUUACCUGUCUUUUCGGAUAAAUAUUUGUUUCUGAUAAGCAUAAUUUUCUCUCCUUUCUCUCCUUAGUCUGGCAGAAUUGCUUUCAGUUCUGUGAUGGUAAUUUCAGGACUAUUAUUGUAUCAGAAAUUUACAGACUAAGUGUUGGUUUGUUUUUGAAAUAUGAAAGAGAAAAAGUGACCUUUCUCAACCCUUUCACUUAAUUCAAAAUGUAAAUGAUAUCAUUUUUUUUAAGUGUGGAAACAAGAGUAAAAAGAAAUGCACUCCCUCCUAAGUCGUGUUUUUUGAGAGUUGUUUCAAAUAAUUAACAACCAGAUGAUAAUGAGUAUACACAUUAAUUGUAUUCCUAAAGAGAAUUAGAUUGCAAAGCAUUUGAAAGUUGAAAACCAAAGAUCAGCUUCAGCCGUGAAACUUUAUUUUCAGCUACCUCCCCAGCUUAACCCUGCCCUCAGCCCUGCUGGCCCAAAAUAACCUCACUGCUCAGUGACCACAGAGGCAGAAACUCAGUUCCUUUUAGUCAGGGAGGGAAAACACAGUAAGUGUAAAUAAGUACAGGUUACAGGCAGGCCUGAGUGAACAGAAGUUGAAACUAAAAGUCAAAGAGAAAGAUACCAAAAAAGUUUCCAUUUCAAAUAAGUAUGUUUUGGAUGAAAAGAAGAGUUAAUGCAAGAGGGGGACAGGAAAAAUAGAUUAAGCAACUGGGAGUCGGCUAGAGGUGAAAUAGGGAGGGAGGGACAGCAAAAGGAGUGACCUAGGUUGCUGAGGCCAGGAAUGUAGAUAGAGAUAAGAAAGUAAUACAGUAGUCCCCCUAAUCCACUGCUUCAUUUUCCACGGUUUCAGUUACCUGUGGUUAAUGUGGUCCAAAACAUACAAUAAGAUAUUUUGGGAGAGAGAGAUCAUAUUCACAUAACUUUAUUAGAGUAGAUUGUUAAAAUUGUUUGAUUUUACUAUUAGUUAUUAUCAUUAAUAAAUUGUGCCUCAUUUAUAAAUUAAACUUUAUCUAGGUGUUUAGGUACAGGAAAAACAGCAUAUAUAGGAUUCAGUACUACCGUGGUGGUCUUGGAACUUAUCAUCCAUUGAUAAGGGGACUUCUGUAUUAUUUCAAUAGCUGUUAACUUAGACAUCUAGUCCAGACCAUGAAAGUCCAUUCCUCUCUAUACAACCACAUAUGCCUUUUGUAAGUGUUAGCAUUAUAACAAGAGAAUUUAAGAGUUUACUCCUAAUUUUUCCCUGAUUCCUUUACUAGCCCAAAAGUUGUAUACCUGCUUGACCAUACACUGUUAAUGUGACAUACUAGAACAUAGCAAAAAUUCUUUUCCUAGGAUUGUGUUCCUUUUCUUUUAGUAUCAAACAGAUCUAGUCUGCAAAGUUCAGCGUAAUAUAUUCAAAAGGAAAGCAGGUUAUUCAAAAUGGAAUUGAGCAAUUACCAUACUGACCUACCCUGCUUUCAGAUAUUCUGUGUAUUGCUUCACAAAUACACUUGUCCAACCUGUGUCUUUUAUGGAAUUAGAAGGGUUACCAUAUGUAAACCCAGCUGUAGAUGGUGGUCAAAAAUAAAAAUAAGCAUCAAUGGGUUUUCUGUUUAAUACUGUCUAAAUCACAAAUAUUUGUGCACUUUGACUAGAGAGCUGCUGAAGUUCAUAAGCACCCAUCCUAACUGAAUCAGAAUCAUUGAAAAAUUCACAAUUGGGUAUUUCUAAUACAUACUUGAUUUUUACUAUACCCAUAUUGAUU